AGAAACAAAUGAACAUCAAGCAAAUUGAACAACAGAGCAGUUACGACAAGGACAAAUUUCAAAGCCCGCAUCUAAUCACAGCCAAAAUAAUCAUUUUUGGACCCAACAAAAGAACAACUGAAGCCCCCCAACUGAAACCCCACAGAAGACAAACGGCAAACUGUCAACAACAAAUCGACAACGUGAACAGGGAGACUAAAACCCUCUAUUUACUAAAAGACAAAGGGUCAAGCCAAUCAAUUGGACGCCCUUUUUUGAAAGAUUAGAUUGCUUACGGCAAUUUCUUCCUUUUUUUAAUACAAGUUUUAACAUUUUCAGCAACGUUCAGCAGCGAGUCAAAAUCUUCCUCGAACUUUUUUCGUUUUAAACUAGUAAGAAAAAAGAACUGUGGUCACGCUCUUGCGAGCUUGCUUAACAUUCAGUAGUUUUUUUAUGUGUUAAAUUGGUGUUCUAAGAUGGUUUUGUAUGAAAAAGAGUAAGAAAAACAAAACAAGAAACAGAAUUUUAAAAUGAUGUCGAUUCUCGGCAAUUUUUUCUUUAGAUUUCGACAAUGCGGAGAGUAUGGAAGAGGCAGAAGUUCCACCCGAUGCAAAUGAGAGCGAAGAUAAUGUCUCGAUUGACUCUGCUGAAGGAUCUACACAAGGAAUGGGAUCAGAUACAGGAAUCCAGUUCAAGAACCCAGGAGAUAAUAACUACAGCACCUACCAGGAAAUCAAUAAUGGAGAAAACGCUUUAACCAAACCCGUUGAUUCAAUCUACAGUGGACUGUCAGGCACUAGAGAGAAAACCAAAAGGUCAGAAUAUGAUACAUCGAAUUCAGCUGUUGGUACUCUAUCAGGCGCCACAACGAGCAAGGAACAAAUGAACAGUGAUUCCCUUACAUCGAAGAUGGGAGAAACGAGUCUCCUUCCAAGUGGAAUGACUGCUAAUUCUAAAGGCGGUGGUUCACAAACUGCCUCUGUGGUUCAAACGAAGUCAAGAACUCGCGAGGAAUGGGAUAAGGAAUCCGCAUAUAGUACAGAGUUGAAAAAUGGAUCAUACAGUGGAUCAAUUAACGGUGAUUCUAAAAAUGGUCUUUCUCAAACUGGCUCCAAUAGUAGAAAUGCCGUAGACUCGAAUCUUAAGACCAGCGUAAUUGGGUCCAAAUCCGGGAAUAGUGAAGAACUGUAUGAUCAGUUUUCAGAUGAUCAGAACAAACUGAAAAUGUCAGAAAAGCCUGAAGUGAAAGAGAUAUCAGUUGCCAGUGAAGAGAAUGGGGAUGGAACAUAUAGCCAGGCUUCACUGAGUCGCAAUCCGUCGGCGAGUGUGAUGAAUUCUUUGAUGGGCGGAGACAGCAAUUCCAUUUUAGGUACUGAAAUGGAUGCCAACAGGCAUUUACCUUUUGCUCAAACACUUCGGAAAUCAGUGAGUUCGGGAAAUUUCUCCGGAAGUGCAUCCAAGCACAAGUUGAAUGUCAGCAUGUCAACUGGAAAUUUGGGGAAGCUAUCUAGCAAAGGUUCCAUGAAUAGCAUCCCGAAACAGAGUAUGACGAGGGAUCCCUCUUCUAUCCGUCAACGGUCUGUUGAGUCUUUCAUGACCGAUGGAGCUUCAUCUUUGAACCCUUCUCAACACACAAGCAAGUCAUCUCAGUUGCAGCUCAGUAGAACGGAAUCAAGUGCUGGCUCUGAGAUAUUUGAUUGUGCUGUUACGGAUGGGCCGAUUGAAGAAUGUCCUUGCGAAGAAAUUGAGGGCAUUGAGAAGUCGGCGGAGUCUUUGAUGACAGACAAAGCCUCUUCUGUUAGUCGUGUUCAGCCGUCCAACAGUUCUUCGCAAAUGCCACCGAAUUCAAUCGAUAUGCUUCCUAAUUUGAAUGGCAACGAAGUUUACGACUGUGGCAAGCCAGGAUAUACUGAUCAAAAGUGUAACUGUGAAGAUCCAGAGCAAAGCCUGGCAGCCAGUGGAAGGAGUGGGAACAGCGCCUCCAACCAUGUUUACUCUGUGCUGCACAAAUCAGGAGGGAAAAAAACGUCCAGCAACCCCCUCUCGAACUUGGUGAAACCAUCUCCUAAAAAUGAAUCUUUCAACUCAUCCCAACUCUCCUGCUCCAAUGCCUCCUCUACCAUCUUGUCCAAUAAGUACAGCAAUUACGGUCAACCUGUUUCAACAUCUGGGGAUAACAACUAUCAUUCGCAGUCGAUGCAGGCAAGAAAGAGUGAUAAGCAGAAGAAAGACAAGUCAGUCUGCUCUACUGAGGAGGGCGAAGCGAAGAGUGAGAUGAGAGAGUGUGCAGUCUGUGUAUGUCAGGGAGAAGGAGAAGGAGAGGAGGGAGAGGGAAGCGAGACACUGAAAGUGACUAGAGAGACUAUUCUGAGCAUCACUCAGAUGCUGCACAGCUCAUCCAGAAGACACCCUGUACAUGUCAGGUGUGGCUCUUCGAAGUGUGACUGUCCAUACCACUACCUCAAACAGGGAAGACUCUGCUGCGCCAAGAAGACCUCAUCCACCAACAACAACAGACACAACAACCGCCAUAAUCACAACCACAAUAGCACUAGAGCCACCAGGAGUCUCAAUGCGCCCCUCAUCAUACAAUGACCCUGUGACAGGGUUACAGUCCGCAAGUUGAAAGAUCGCAGCUAACAUCAACAUGUCCACUAGAGACUGUUUUCUUCUCUGAAUCUCUCUACUUGUGCUCGUGUUUGUGCCCUUUUGCUUUUUCAACUGUACUGAUCUGUUUGUUUGUUUUGUUUGUUUGUUUGUUCAUUCCAUUGGCUUUAAUUCACUCUUUCUUCA